UUUUGAAUCGCGAUGUGUUGGCGGCAGACAUGUUUGGGGGCUACCUUGGUUUUUCGGAGAAAAUACUUCGCAAGCGCUGGGUUCAAUAAACGUCACAUAGUCUUGACAGUUGCUGGUGCUUCGCAUUAGACCAUCGCUUAAAAACACGUUUGUAUCCUCUACUUCUGUGCAAGUUUGAAACCACUGGAAGACAGCACAACAGACAUAACCCUACAACACCUUCGUACAGCAAUGGCUGCCGUCAGCACAUCAAAUCCCCUCGACUCUGCGGUUUAAAGUUUUGGCAUCAGGCACGACGUCUUGGUUCUGACAGAGAAAUGAGGAGAGUGGGCUGGUAUGCCUCUGUGCGACUAUUUUACAGGAUCAAGGACAGCCUUGCCUUCAUCACUUCGUUACGUCAUCUCCUGUUGGGCUGUAUGGUCCUGCUGUUGACCCUGUCCACUUACCUGCUGUUGGUCAUAGAGGAGAAAUACGAAGAAUGGCAAAAGCCGUUGAGAGCGAUACGAAACUUGGCUGAUGAAUCUCUUCGGAACAACCAUCCGACAAUGGAAAAACACAAGGAAGGGUUGAGUCAAACCAUUAAACGACUUGAAUCUCCUACGCAGAGCCGAACCCAGGGACGAUACAUUCCCGAAUGACAGCCACCUACCUGUGAACCACAGCAAAAUGUCGCUUUCGUAAAAGUUCACAAGGCAGGAUCCACUACAGUUCAGAGUGUCUUCCUUCGCUAUGGCUACUCCCACAACCUGACCGUAAUGCUACCUGGAGGUAGAAACCCUGCGUCUUUCUCAUGGCCCAACAACCCCUCCCCUGGGGACGCCUAUCCCGUGAGUGGUGGGGUGUACAACAUCCUCACCCAUCACGCCAGGUACCAUCCAGAAACUAUCCAGGCGAGGAUGCCUCCCGACACGUUUCGUGUCGCCAUCAUGAGACAUCCCCUCGACCACCUGAAGUCUAUGUUCAAUUACAAACACUUGAACACUAAAUACAAGCUUGACUCAUUGAACCCGAUUCAGAUCUUCCUCGAAAACGUUACCAACUACGCAGAAACCGACAUGUACAACAAAUUCUACAACGGACACUGGCCGACCAAAAAUUUCCAAUCCUACGUAUUAGGCUUCGAUCAUUUAAGGGAUGUUGGUGAUGAGGAAACAGAACAGCAUUUUCGAGAGGUAACAAAAGACGUUCCGUUUGUCCUUAUUCUUGAACAUCUGGAUGAAUCCCUUGUUGUCCUGAAGCGGACGCUUUGUUGGUCUGUAACGGACAUUCUCUACGAUUGGACGGCGAGAAACUACCGAAAAUUCUACUACAAGUCAUCUAGUUUGAGCCAGCUGGCUAUGGAGAACCAUCGCAAGUGGAGUUCCAUAGACUACACGCUGUACGAACACUACAACAGAACGCUAUGGGAGGAAGUCGCAAAGGGCGGGGAAGACUUCGCGUUGGAGCUUGAACACUUUCGCACGAUGAACAGUAAUGUGAACGAACAUUGUAGGAUCGAUCCUAAAGGUAGCAAGAGUUUUACGGCAACAAGGUGGAGUAAGGCAUGGACGGUAGAUGCUGAAUUUUGUAAGCAACUAAGGCAUGAUCGGUAUAUUUGGGACGGGAAACUGGCAAUGAGACAAAAUGGAAAGUUACGUAGAGAAAGACUCGGUCCAUAGCUAUGAUUAUUAGUUAUAUAAUGUGUACAUUGGUAUGUUCCAUUUCUACAACUGCAUGAAAAGCCGAGUUUACGGGGAAGAAACUCCUGGGCAUGCACCCAGAAACUCGAAAUGUUCGGACAUUCACGGGACGUAUCGAAUCGGACACGCUGCCUGUCAGGGCAUUUGGCACGCCCGAGGAUGCACGGAAACGAAGCCUGGGACGUGUCUAAGGCCCGUGCGUUCCCGCGCAUUUAGCCGUAAUACUUCUCUAUAUGCCCGGACACCCGAGACGUGUGCCGCGGCGCACGGAUGCUCUGUGCACCUAAUUAUCUGCCUCGGCCCUCGACUAGAGCGCGUUCAUGACACCCUUUGUCAUGAAAAUCAGACUGUUAGAGUGUUAAUUUUACCACCCCUCCCUACCUAGGAUCCCCCAUCCCCAUGUAGCCUCUAUAAGUUUCCUUUAUUCUUUCAAAAUGUGAAUUAUUGGACUGCUCCUGGUGUGCUCCUCCAUAUGCACUUGGUAAUGAAGCCGUCGCUCUUUUGGCUUUCAAAUACGUGUCGGUCUGCUGCCAUAGGUCACUAGCGUUCAGGUCUUCACCAUGUUCAUAAGCAGUCGCCCACCUGUAUAGUCGCUUCCAAUUUGAUGACAUACCUCCUGCAGAUCUCUUGAUUUCUGCAUUCCUGCUCUCACAAAUUCUGUUGUCCAGGCGGUCUUCUACACAAACCGAUGCUACUCAGCACCACGGGCAUAACAGUAGUAUCCAACCCAUCGUGAAACGGCGGACUUGAGAUUUAAGCUAGCCUUUCUCGCGUACGACGUAGUGAGAAAGUCAAACCACACAAAACAACAGCUGGGCUCUUCGGGGCACCGGUUGUUACCCUUCUAAACAGAACUAGGUCCCAUGGCGUUGGUAGUUGGAUGCCAUUCCACAGCGAGAUGGUGCCCGGUCUUGACGUGGAGAAUUUCCAAGCUCUCGUUGUUCACUGGCGCCGUCUGA